GUGAUUGGUUAAAUUCAAAGGCUUCACAGUGCGCAUGCAUGGCCAAAAAGUGGGGGUGGUCCUUGGCGUCGGUGUCGAUGGACGCACAGUAGUUACGCGACCCGCUGGCAGAUGGCAAUGUGUCGACGCGAACUGCAGUUCGUCGUGACCAGUUCGAUAAAAAUCAGUCGUUCGGAGGGGCUGUUUUGGCGUGGUAGCAGUGCUGUGAUUUCUGUGACGAGUUCGUGUGCCGUGCCGCGGUAAAUUAUCAGUGAUUAAUUGCGAGCGUGGAAUGAUAAAUGGUGGCGACCAGCAGCAUGGUGUAUGAAGAGAUAGUCGGGAUACGGGGCAGCUGACCCCAGCCGCCGCGCACGCUUUUCACGCGCGAGAUGCCCCACAAUUUGAACUCAGCUUCCGUCAACUCCGCCAACACGGGACCGAAUCACCAGUCCUACAAUCACCAGCCUUAUCAUCGACCCAAUGGAGAUGGACUCCAGCCAGAGAAAGAGCCAGUGGAAUUUGAUACGUCGCAUUUGCGGGGUGCACCAGCUGAAGUUGAGGCAUUGGUGCAUAACAUCAAAGAGGUUGCACAACAGUUCCUUUACCAUUGGAGAACAUUUCCCAUUGUUCUUCCUCCUCCUUUAUCCACGUGCACGGAAGGUGAAGAUACUCUUGCCAGGAAGAAGCACCACCUUAGGGACUUGUUUGUAGCACCUAGCUUCGAUGAACUUGAUUCAGUCGCUGUGGAUAGCAAGGGUGAACCUAGGAGGUUGACCAAGAAGCAAUUAGAGAGCAUCAGCAAACGGGGCUUUCAGAAGGAGAAGUACGGAAAACCGAAGAAGCUGAAUGCCACUCAAUUGGAGAGCAUUCGAAGAUGCGGGGAAUUCGAAGUGGAUUCAAUCAACUUUUCUGGACAAACGCAUCGAUGGAGAUUAAGUGGACUUCUUCAACGCGGGAGAGACAGGAGGAGAGACGCAUUGCUUCGAGAUCUUGCGUUGGCAACCAGGUUCCUUGUGGUUACGGCUAAAGCCAGGCUUGUCUCUCAUUGUUUCAGCGUUUCACAGUCUUUGAAAGCAUUGCUAACGGGACUGUUACGACUACUUGAUAUAACAAUUGGCGUGCCAUCACUUCAAGCACAUAAUCUAGAUGCCAAAAUCAAGGAAGAGAGGUGUCGAUACUUGGUUGCAGAGUUAGUUUGCAGGCCGGAGUAUGAAGAUUCGUUGGAACUCCUGUGCGGCUUCGUCCGGAAACAACUUCGACGAGCGACCAUGGAGAAAUUUGAAGUGGAAAGAGAACUGUCGCAGUUAUUGCCUAUUCCUGUUCCUUUCGUGUUCGGAACACCUGGCGGAGCAGUGGUUGAUCUUAGACUAUUUAGCAGAGACAUUAUCAGAAAAGCUUUACCGAUUCUAGUUGCUAUAUUGGAGAGAGAGACACGAGGCUGGUUUCUUCAUUUUAGAGAAAGACUGAUAUCAGAAUUGAGAGCGCGAAAAAAACCGGAUGAAGAAAUUGAAAGAGAAGUCAACGAAGCUGUUAUGAGAGAAUAUCUGCAAAGAGUUUUCUCUAACAUUUUGUCACAUCCAGACAUACUCGAUCUAGGGAACGGAAUCGCUCAACUUCUUGUCCAACAAGCACAAUCCGUCGUAUUGAUGCAUCGAGCUAUAGAAACAGUUCAGCGUAAAUUGUUGCAAACUAAAGAAGCACUGAGACGUCAUAUCGAAAAUGAGCAUCCGGUUCUUUCUCGAAUAGAACCCUGGAUGCGUGAUAGAAUGAGAGAGGUGGAAGAGAAGUUUAUAGAAGAGUGCGAAUGGAGUGCUCACGAAGAAGCUCUCACGCUGUGUACUCAUCAAAAUCUGCAACAAACUGUUUAUUUUCUUAAUCGUGAUUUAACGUUUAUGAAGGAGAGAGAACCAGUUUUAUUAAAAGAAUUGCGAAAAGUAAAAACGCCUACUAGGAGCUUCCAAUGGCCAACACAAAUAUGGCUUCCAAAAAAUUGGAUCAUCAGACGUAAUUUUCAAGGCCAGUCUGAAAUCAUACCGACAGUGCUGAGCAAUACGCCUACAUCCAUUACCACGCCUAGAGCUGAUCCAAGUCAACCUGUCUUCUUAGUUGAACGAGAAAUCGUACAUACAACCACAACAAGGUGGCCUAUGUGGCGUUGGAUCAAUUACGUUGCUAGAACAUGGUGUUGGACUUGGAAUGCAAUGUUCCUGUUAGGUGUAGCUGUACCGUGGUGUAGUCCAGUCUCCAUACGAGCUCUGUUACUCGUGCAACCUUUUACCCCUGACCUAGAAUUGAGUCAACUAAAUGGAACUUUAUUUCCCAGAAAAUCGUCCCAAAUGCCCACUCUUUGUUCUCGGUUAAUUGCACUUUGGAGACAUAUUAGCAAAAGUCGAACACAUUUUGAAACCGAACCGGACACUGGAUUUAUUGGGAAAGGAAUGACGAGGCAUUUAAAUAGGCUAUGGAACUAUGGCGUCAAGGGUCUUUUAGGAACACUCAUCAUAUUAUUUGUUUUUCCUAUCGUGUGUGUGAUCACGAGUUUAGGAUCGCUUCUAAUUGCGCUUACUGCGGUUUUAUGGAUGCCUUUGAUUACUUUAGCUCUGCACGCGUUUAUGGCACUUAUAAUGGAUUUGGAUAGUCCAGAACCAAGUAGAAAUCGAUACUUUGUUAUUAUGGAGGCGUUAGUUUGGAAUAUUGGUAUACAAGGGUGUCUGCAGCCAAUCGCAGCAUUAAUUGUAGCUCUUACUUUGUGCCCCAUCAUUUCUUUUGUGAUACUUACAGUUGCUGUGAUACGUUAUUGGAUUAGAGUGGUCUGGGACACGACCAUGUUCCAUUUAGUAAUAAAGAACAGGGGUCGUAUACCUGCCAGUGAUAGUUUUGUGGUUAAAAGAAUAGCUGGACCAGGAUUAACAUCUGAUUAUUAUUAUCAAAUUAGACCUGAACAAGCAUUGGCCGCAUUUGAAGCUAAAUUAGAGCUGGAUGAAUUACUAGCUUUCCAGCAAGAAACAGAACGGUUAAUUACCCAACCACAAAGAGAUUUCACUCAGUUUGUGGAGGCCUGUUUUGGUCCGUUCGCUGCUAGCCUUGCCAAAACAAAGGAUCCUUACAAAUCGCUUGAAAAGGAAGCCAAAGAUCUGAUUGCUGUAUUACACGAGAAAUUAGAUAGACGUAGAAAAAAUUUGCAAACUGGUCUUGGAAUGGUUGUAAGAAGUAAAAUAAAACUUACUACCUUCGAUUUGAAAGUGGUGAUACAACAGGGGGCUCUCAUGUUGGAACGACUUUAUCCUACCCACGUCUUCGCCAGAUUGACAGGAAAUGAGGAAGACUUUUGGGAAAACAAAGGUUUAAGUGUUGGUGACUGGGCCGGCUUAGCUGGACUUAUGUACGCGGACAUUUUUAGUUUAAAUUUCCUCCAACCUCUUGAUGACGCAGAUACCAAGUUCAGAUUAGAACCUCAUCCAGGUGUGGAUUUGUCACGUUAUACUGAUAUGGUCCACAGUACUGAACUUGGUGGAACCAAUGGCCCAGAUUUACUGGGGGCUGUUUACGCUCCACGAGGAAACAUACAAGUUUACAGCCCUUACUUAGAAGUCUCAGCUUUUAAUCCACGAGCUAAACAAAAUAGUAGUAGCAGGAAAUCUGACAAACGAUGUGAUACCGGAGGACUUCUGACAUCUACCAAAAUUAGAAGACGCACAACAUCGACAAAUGGUACGACAGAAGCACGCUGGCAGCCGUGGAAACGACAGAUUCGUCCUUACAGCGCGGAAAAGUUACUUAUUCCGCUUCCUAUCCCACAUCCAGCUCACAUAGCUGUUACCAUUCACAAUCGCGACUCCGAGAAUCCGAUUCCACUCGAUUCAGAACUCUGUCAAAAUAUAUUGAGAGCGAUAGAAGAAUCUCCUGGUGAAAUGUCCACUGAAUACGUUAGUCGUUACAGAGGAGCAGCUGAUUCCAGUUUCGAUUCUGUAGCUUCACAUUCUUCAGUUUCUGUAGAGACUGGCUUAGACAAAGAUAACGAAACGCAAGAAACGACGAAUACAGAAAAGGAGGGCGAAACGUAUCAUUGGACAUUAUCAAAUUGGGGUGGCGGCAUGACGAGAAGAAGAAAUAAUUCUGGAUCUAUAAAAGUCGAUUUAGCAUCUCCAGAAGACGUUACUCUGGAUACAGAUACCACCAGAGUGAUGUUCAGUACGUAUGGAACAACUGUUUGAAUUAAAUUUACUAUUACACCAGGUAAAUAUACUAUACAUAAUAGGUGCGAGUAGAAACAAAUAACUAUUUGAAAAAAACGAACAAUGUAGGUUUAAUUAUGAUCUUUCGUCCAUAACAUUUUUUUUUUAAAUUUGCAUUUAUUCAUUUGACUUCUAUUCUUACGAGAUAGAUUAAGUCAAACUUCCUUCUUAUGAAAUUUAUAAUUUGAACUUGCGAAACUUAUUUCAUUAAGAAACGUAAGUUAGAGACAAUAUCGUUUUAGAUACAAUUUAAUUGUACUUGAGAAUGUAAUUUGAAUAUGUUUUAAACGAGAACAUAUUCAGCAGUUGCGAACAAAUUUUUUUCAUUUUUUAAUUAAAUAAUAUCUUACAAUUUUACUAAGCAUUACAUUGGAACGUGGCACAAAAUGCAUAAAAAUAUAUCAAAAUUUUACAAGCUAAAAUCAAGUAUAAGGAGAACAUUUACUAAAUAUUCGAAACAAAUAUUUAUGGAAGCUUUAUAUUAAUUUAUAUAUUAUUAUGUAUACUUGAUCAGUACACUGAUAUCAAUUUCAACACAGUAGAAUAUUGAAAUGUGUUAUAAAUCCAUCUUUAAGUUGAUCUUUGAUUAAUUUAUAGUUAAUCAGUGAUCACUACCAUAAGUAUUAAUUUCUAUGAAAAUUACAUGAAAACUCAUGGUUGAUAAUAAUGAUAAGUAUAGAAUGCUCAUCUGCGAAGUCUGGGAUGUCAUUAUCGAUUCAUAACUUUUAUGUAUACAGGUUAUAAACAGAGCAAAUAAUUAGAAUUUUAGCAUAUAAAUGGCAGACGCCAUUCUAAAAAAAGCCUCUUUAAAUCUAUGUUAAAAUUAUACAACAUUCUUAUUGAUAUAUUGUACAUAGGUAGUUAAUUGUAUAAAUAAACUUGUUAAUGUAAUAAUAUUUCAAAGACAUUUUCUUGUUGUUUACGCUAAAGGCCAUUUAAAUGAAUAUGUAAAAGUUUGCUCCCUUUUAAUAUCUACAUAAGUAAUGCGAAAUGAAGUCGUAAGAUUAUUUCACUUUAAAGCAUUUAUCAAAUUUCAAGCUGCCAGUAUAUUGUAUAAUCUGACAGUAAUUCGUUAACUUAAGUUACAGAUAAUUUUCAUUCAUUUGUAAUAUACAUGUAAACACCAAUGAAUUAUUCUUAUGACAAUUAGAACUAUUAACCAUUAAAAUUAAUAAAUUUUCACUUCAAAAUUAAAUUACAAAUGUAAGAAUGAACUCUGGAUAGAAAUAUUUUAAACGCCUAAACAUUUCCCUGAUAUUAUUUAACUGUGUUCUUCGUUGUUUCUAAUCAUAACAUUGUUGAUAUAUAUAUAUAUAUAUAAGUUAAUUAAUUGCAUCAUAUAUUUCUAUGAGCAGUGCAACUGAUGAGAUAUAAGUUUUGUCUUCUAUAUAUUGAAAGUGUUGAGACAUACUAUGAAAGUGAAAAUUUUCAGUAAUAUAAAAAGAAUGUUAUACAAUCUUGAAAUUUAUA